AUGUCGGGAAGUCACUUUCGUCUCGUCAUGGAGAACGAAGAAGAAGAGCUCACAAAGACCGCGUUUCUGUGAAUUCGAAGCAAAGCCCCCAACGCCAACUCCCUCUCUCUCUCUCUCUCUCUCUCUCUCUCUCUCUCUCUCUCUCUCUCUCUGUGACGAUCAAAUCCGCAGGAAGAAGACGCGCAUCGACAGAAUUCAUCCUCUCUCUCUCUCUCUCUCUCUCUCUCUCUCUCUCUCUCUGUGUCCCACUUGUUGCAAAGCGUGAGCUUCAGGAAGGAAAUUCGGAUCGCCUGAGCAAUCACAAGUCUAAGCUCCGGCGGCCGGAGCAUAGCCUCUGGCACGCACAUAAUCUCCAGUGGUGGUGGAGAGUUCAGUUUCCAGACACGGUUCGAAAAGUUUUGGGGGUUGAGGGCAGACCAUGAAGAACGGUAUUGUAGAAUGCAGUGUCUGCCACUCAAAACUUUUAUCCCCAACAACUAAAUCUGUGUCCAGGGCUUAUGACAAGUACAGGAAUAGGGUAUCAUCCAAACAACGAUUCCUCAAUACGCUCUUAGUUGUUGGUGAUUGUAUCCUAGUUGGUUUACAGCCUGUGCUAGUUUAUAUGUCCAAGGUAGAUGGGAAGUUCAAAUUUAGUCCAGUUAGUGUGAACUUCUUGACAGAGGCUGCAAAGGUUCUCUUCGCAAUUAUUAUGCUUAUAUUCCAGGCAAGGCGCCAGAGAGUUGGAGAGAAGCCAUUGUUAUCGCUAUCGACAUUUAUGCAGGCAGCUCGUAACAAUGUUCUUCUUGCUGUUCCAGCACUUCUCUAUGCAAUCAACAACUACUUGAAGUUCACCAUGCAGCUUUACUUCAAUCCUGCUACUGUGAAGAUGCUAGGCAAUUCGAAGGUUCUCGUGAUUGCUGUUUUAUUGAAAAUAAUAAUGAGACGUCGGUUCUCCAUAAUUCAGUGGGAGGCUCUUGCCCUGUUACUUAUUGGUAUAAGCGUAAACCAAUUACGUUCUCUACCAGAAGGUGCUUCUUCUAUGGGUAUUCCAGUAGCAACUGUCGCAUACAUCUUCACUGGGAUAUUUGUUAUUGUUCCAUCUUUAGCCUCUGUCUUCAAUGAGUAUGCAAUGAAGAGUCAGUAUGAGACAAGCAUAUAUCUCCAGAAUUUAUUCUUAUAUGGAUAUGGUGCUAUAUUCAACUUCCUAGCGAUUCUUGGAAUAGCCAUUGUUCAAGGUCCUGACAGCUUAAAUAUCCUUGAAGGGCAUUCCAAAGCAACCAUGCUUCUGAUAUGUAAUAAUGCAGCCCAAGGAAUCUUGUCUUCGUUUUUCUUCAAAUAUGCAGAUACAAUCUUGAAGAAGUAUUCAUCAACAGUCGCCACAAUCUUUACAGGAAUAGCAUCUGCUGCCCUGUUUGGUCAUACUCUGACAGUCAACUUUGUCCUUGGAAUUUCUAUAGUAUUCAUUUCAAUGCAUCAGUUCUUCUCCCCCCUUUCCAAGGUCAAAGAGCUACCACAGAAUGGGACAUUGGAAGCUAUAGAUGAGCAGGCCAACCAUAGGUUGAAGGAUUCCUUAAUUAAUAUGGCUGCAGGGGCUAAUGAUGAGGCAAGUCAUCGCAUAACUGAUGACAGACAGCCUCUUCUUCCCAGAUAAAUUUACUUCAAUUAAGGAAUAUUCAUUGAGGCAUUCUUUUAUCUGUAAUAAAUGGCAUACUCAUCUCAUUCAUUGACGUCUAGUCAAUAAAAGCGAGAAAAUAUAGCUCUGUUAUUGCUUGUCUGGGAUACGAUUUGAUCUGUCGGGAACUCUGCGGAUGCUUCGGCUGGAGAUGGGCUACCGUGAUUGCUUUGGAUUGAAGAAGUCAACGAGGAAUCUGGAAAUCUUCAUCUCCCGAGUUUGAGAUUCUCCUUGGGCCUGUUCUUUCUCCCUAUGAUGGUUGUGCAAUUAGUUCAUACAUGUAUUUUUUUCUUUGAACUGGUGGAGAAGAAUUUCCCCCUUCUGAUAAAAUAUUAUAGUGUUUUUCUUUGUAUUUCUGUCAAAUGAUUAUGGUUCUUUUUUAUAACUACUUGGGGGAAAAGAGAAAAUAAAAAGAAAUUUUGUCGAGA